AUGCCUUCAAUUCCCACGGCUGCUACUAGUACAGCUGCGCUUUCUCUCACCAAGUCUUCCAGGCGACGUCCGAACUUUGAUAUCGAUGGUGACGAGGUCCACUACCCUACCAGGCCGGUCGACAAGGACAAGGCGGAGAACGAGCUUGUGAUCAAUAUCAAGAAAGCGACCAGCCCAGAGGAGACAGCUCCGAAGCAGAAGCAUGUCCGAAAAUGUAUCGUAUACACUUGGGACUACCAUAGCUCAAUAUCUUUCUGGAGCGGUUUGCGGGUGCAACCUAUCUUGUCCGACGAAGUCCAAACUUUCAAGGCUCUCAUCACCGUACACAAAGUAUUGCAAGAAGGCCAUCCUGUGACAAUCAAAGAGGCUCAUGGGCAAGCGGGAUGGUUGGAGACUUGCGCCAGGACUGUUGCCGCAGAGGGUCAACGUGGUUAUGGGCCGUUGAUUAGAACCUACGUCCAGUUCAUUCUGGCCAAAUUACGUUUCCACCGCCUGAGACCAGAGUUCAAUGGGUUGUUUGAAUACGAGGAAUAUAUCUCGUUGAAAGGCAUCGAUGACCCCAAUGAAGGUUAUGAAACUAUAUCCGACCUUAUGGGCCUUCAGGACCAAAUCGAAUCGUUCCAGCGGAUGGUGUUUGCUCACUUUAGGCAUUCCGCCAACAACGAAUGUCGUAUCUCUGCGCUAGUCCCCCUGGUCAAGGAAAGCUGGGGUAUUUACCGAUUCAUUACAAGCAUGCUUCGCGCCAUGCACCGAAGAACGAAUGACCACGACGCGCUGGAGCCCCUUCGUGAGCGAUUCAACUCGCAACACUAUAAUUUAAGAAAGUUCUACUACGAGUGUUCAAAUCUGAAAUAUUUGACCGGCUUGAUCAACGUUCCGAAGUUAGGCCAGGAACCUCCGAACCUAUUGGAUUCCGGAAGUGCUCCCGACCUCCCUGCGAGACCUAGAACUGCUGUUGCUUCCCCAACCCCUCCCCCAGCUGCACCUUCGCCCGAUGCAGCCGCUGUCAGUGAGCAAGCCCGUAUGCUCAAGCAAUAUGAAGACCAGCAGGCUGCUUUACGCGCACAACGUGAAACUGGGGAACGUCAGAGGCUGGAGCUCGAGGCACAGCAGCAGCGUGAUUUUGAGCAACGGCAACGGGAACAGGCAGAGCGGGAGCGCCUUGCACAAGAGCAGCUUAUGCAACAACAGAUGAUGCAGUACAAUAACCAAGCUGCUCAGCAGUACGAGCGCGACCAGCUGCUUUUGGAACAAUACGAUCGACGGGUAAAAGCACUUGAGGGCGAGCUCGGCGGAGUAACGUCCAAUGUUCACGCACAAAUGGCAUCGAAGGACGAAUUGAUCAAGCAGCUUCAGGACCAAGUGACUCUUUGGCGGAACAAAUACGAAGCACUCGCAAAACUCUACAGCCAGCUACGGACUGAACACCUCGACAUGCUUUCAAAGUUCAAGCAAUUGCAACUCAAGGCUAACUCAGCGCAGGAAGCCGUAGACCGCAUGGAGCGUAUGGAGCGCGACCUCAAGGCUAAGAACCUAGAAUUGGCUGAUAUGAUUCGCGAACGCGACAGGGCUCGGUUUGAUGUUGACCGCCAGAAAUCCUCGCACAAGGACGAACUUGACCGCCUGCGCCGCGAGAUCAAUUUCGCCAAUGAGCGCGCUGAGGAUGCAACACGCUCCAAGAGUUCGGAGGUAUCGGGGGUGUUGAGCAAGUAUAACCGUCAGCUCACAGAGCUUGAGGACUCGUUACGGGCCAAGCAAAUGCAGAUCGAUGAUCUGCUCGUUAAACUGAAUAACGCUAGCGGUGAUAUGGAACGUCUGAGAGAUGAGAAGGAUCAAGAAAUUUUGAUUCUUCAAGAGGGUAUGGAUAGCACUAUUCAACAGCUUUCCGAUGCACAGCAGAAUCAAGGUCUCAGCGAAGAAGCAACGAAUGCCCAAAUCGACACUCUUAUUCUCGACAACCGAAAGAAGCUCAACCAGGUCAUCGAUUCAAUCCUACAGGCCUGCGUGCAGAAAGUUGAUGACGCGAUUUACGAGCUUGAGUCACCCAGUCAAGCUGGCAACCUCAAUUCUACGCCCGAGUACACGUUGUCAAUGAUCGAGAAGGCCAUAAAUAACGCCACGGAUUUCGCGACCAUCUUUAACCUCCACCUCAGUGGCGAUGUCGGAGGGGACUACGUUGACGUCAUCAAGGGCGCCAAUGAGUUUGCACAGGUCCUAUCAGACGUUCUCAUCAACUGUAAAGGCGUCACACGUCUCGCUAAUGACGAUGACGCCUCGGACAAGAUUGUCGCAGUAGCUAAGGGCGCCGGUGACGUUGGCCUGCGCUUCUUCUUGAACCUGCAGUCCUACAAGCUUGAUCUCCUGCAACCCACACAGCGGAAGGAGGUUUCAAUGCGCAACAACAACGAAGCGCGAACAGCCCUCACCCGUCUCUCAGAAGUUGUCGACACGCUCAUACCUAAAGGCGCCAAGGGUGGUGCGUUGGCACGGGCUAAUGGUGACAUCGGCGACAUCGUCGAGCACGAGAUGCAGAGCGCCGCCGCAGCCAUCGAAGCUGCUACUCAGCGUUUGCAGGAGCUCAUGUCUCGGCCGCGCGACUCUGCACGGUUCAGCGCCGUCGAUCUGCAAGUCCAUGACUCUAUCCUGUCCGCCGCUAUGGCAAUCACAAGCGCCAUCGCAAGACUUAUCAAAGCUGCCACCGAAUCUCAGCAAGAAAUUGUUGCACAAGGCAAGGGCUCAAGCUCAGUCCAGCAGUUCUACAAGCGGAACAACAGAUGGACGGAGGGUCUUAUCUCAGCUGCUAAAGCUGUGGCAUUUGCCACCAGUCUUCUAAUAGAGAGCGCGGACGGUGUCCUAUCAGGCACACAUUCCCUUGAACAGCUGAUUGUGUCCUCGAAUGAGGUCGCAGCAGCCACCGCCCAACUCGUAGCAGCCUCUCGUGUCAAGGCCAACUUGAUGUCCAAGACCCAGGAGCGCCUCGAACUCGCUGCGAAAGCGGUGACGGAAGCCUGCAAAGCGCUUGUCAGACAGGUGAAGGCAGUGUCCGCGAAGCAGGUAGUCGACGAGGAGUGGGACUACAAAAACAUGGCCGUACUGGAGUUUAAGAGGCGCGAGAUGGAGCAGCAGGUCGAUAUUUUGAAACUGGAAAAGGAGCUUGGCGCAGCGAGACAUCGUCUGGGUGCGAUGAGGCGUGCAGGUUACCACACUAAUGAAACGGACUGA